AUGGCUCUUUCCUCCAAACAUCCUCGCCUGUUCAACCAAAUUAGGACUUUUGUGAAUGUGAAGGUCAAAUGGGUCCGAGACCCAUAUCUUGAUACUGCAGUCCUGAAAGAGAAAGAUCUCAAACAGACAAUUUCCCUCAAGAACCAAAUCAUUUCAUCUCCUUCGGAAUCCGUUUCCAUGUAUACUGCUUCUCAACUAAAAGCUUCCCUCAACCUUCCCACUACAACUACCAAAUUCAUUGACAAAUAUCGUUGUGUUUUCACACAAUUCCAACCUGGUCCUGGUCUUCCUCCAGUUGUCAAGCUCACACCUCAAGCCUUUUCCCUCCACAAAGAAGAAAUGGCUGUUCAUAACUCUCCCACUAAUCGUGAAGAAACUGUUCACAGGCUUGCAAGGCUUCUGAUGCUUGCUGGCAUGGAAAAAUUGCCUCUUUAUGUAAUUGAGAAGCUAAAAUGGGAUAUGGGACUACCUCAUGAUUAUGUGACGACCCUUUUGUCUGAUUACCCUGAUUACUUUGAUGUUUGUGUUGUGGAAGAUCCAUCAUCUGGAAAAGAAUUGCUUGCUUUAGAGCUUGUUUCAUGGAGAAAAGAGCUUUCUGUGUCUGAGUUACAAAAGAGUGCAAUGAGCUUGGGCUAUGUUGGAGAUAAAAGAAGGCACGGUAUUACAUUUCCCAUAUUUUUGCCAAAAGGUUUUGAUUUAGAGAAGAGGGUGAAGGCUUGGGUUGAGAACUGGCAAAAAUUGCCUUAUGUUUCUCCAUAUGAAGAUGCUUUUCAUCUUGACUCAAAUAGUGACCAAGCAGAGAAGUGGACAGUGGCAAUUUUGCAUGAGUUGCUUUCUCUUCUUGUGUCAAAGAAGACUGAGAGAGAGAAUUUGCUUUGUUUUGGAGAAUGUUUAGGGUUGGCCUUGAGAUUCAAGAAGGCUUUGGUUCAUCAUCCUGGUAUAUUUUACAUUUCCAAUAAGAUUAGGACGCAGACUGUUGUACUUAGAGAGGCUUAUAGAAAUGAUAUUUUGGUUAAGAAACAUCCAUUAAUGGGUGUUAGAUAUUGGUACAUUAAUCUUAUGCACAAAACAUAG